GGCGACAACGGAUAUACAUCUAUCUAGGGUUUCGAAAAUCAACUGUGUUUCCCCAAACCCCAUCUCAUAUUCUCAUUCUCCCUCUCCAGACUAUUUAGAUUUAUACUUACAUUUUUCAAUCAUCUUCUGGGUCCUCACAUUUGGAUCAAACUGCAUCUAUAUCCACCUUUGAAUCUUCGUAAGUCUCUAUAUAUCUAUCUUUAUCUCUGUAUUUCAUUUUCUUGAAUAAAGUUUCAAUCUUUAAGGUCUGUGUGUGAAAUUAAUUAAUUAUAUGGGGAAGUCUGGAGGUAAAAAGAAAAAGGGUGGUGUUGUUAAUCAAAAUAAGAACCAAAAUUCAGCAAAAGAUAAUGUUUCUUUGCCUGUUUCGAAUAAUGGGGUUGUUUGGGAUUCCACCAUUUUCUUGAAAAGAGCUAAUGAACUUAAAGAAGAGGGGAACAGUAGGUUUCAAGCUAAAGAUUUUGUGGGUGCUCUUGAACAUUAUAAUGAUGCACUUAAGUUGAUUCCGAAAGUGCACCCGGAACGCGCUGUUUUUCAUAGCAAUAGAGCUGCUUGUUUGAUGCAAAUGAAGCCUAUUGAUUAUGAUGCUGUGAUUGCGGAGUGUUCUAUGGCUUUGUUGGUUCAGCCUCACUUUGUUCGGGCUCUUCUUAGGAGAGCACGGGCGUAUGAGGCGAUAGGGAAGUAUGAAUUGGGAAUGCAGGAUGUGCAGUUGUUGUUAGGGGUUGAUUCGAGUAAUAAGGAUGCGUUGGAUAUUUGUCAGCGGUUGAAGACUGCAAUUGGGACUCGUCAAGAGGCUCAGCAGGAUAUUCAUAGUCGGCCUUCACCGGCUGCUCUCGGUGCUUCUGCAGUCCGUGGAGCACCAGUUUCGGGUCUUGGGCCGUGUUUGCCAGCUCGUGCAAUGCCGAAAAAGACUGCAGCUUCUCUUUCGGGGUCUGGUUCGUCUACAAGUGAUAAGACAGAUAAGACGGAUAAGACGUCUGUAGUUCCUCUUGAAAAUGGAGCUCGGGUUAGUCCUGAAGUAAAGCCUCAAAUGUCAAAACAGGCUUUGAAGAGACCUAAUGGUCCUACAAAACCCAAUGGCAAUCUAGUGAAGGAUUCCCAAAAGGAUCAGAAGUCUUCUUCAUCUGUGUCGCAGCAAUCUCAGGGGAAAUCUUCUGGAGCUUCAAUACAGUGGAGACCAUUGAAAUUAGUGUAUGACCAUGACAUAAGGCUUGCAAAGAUGCCAGUGGGUUGCAGUUUCAAAGCAUUGAGGGAGAUCGUGGGAGAACGCUUUCCACUAUGGGACUCAGUUGUGAUUAAGUUCAAGGAUCAUGACGGAGACUUGGUGACUAUAACAUGCACAAGUGAACUUAGAUUGGCAGAGUCCUAUGUUGAAAGUCUGUUGCAGAAAGAACCUCAAACAGAUAAAAAUAACUUGAUUGGGAUGUUGAGAUUGCAUAUCGUUGAGGUUCCCCCAGAGCAGGAGCCACCUAUACCGGAAGAAGAAGAGGAGAUUCCUCUGGAAAGUGAAGGGACCAAAGUUGAUGAGAUUGGGUCACAUUCUUCAUUGGGCGAUGCUGCGGUAGAAUCUGUUGGAACUGAAGUUGAGAAUAAGACUGAAAAGACAUCUCUGGAGGAGACACCAAGAGCAUCAGAAGAUCCUGAGCUCAAGGAAGUGGAGAUGGAUGACUGGUUGUUUGAGUUUGCUCAGUUGUUUAGGUCCCAUGUUGGCAUUGAUUCAGAUGUUCAUAUUGAUCUCCAUGAGCUUGGCAUGGAACUGUGCUCUGAGGCCCUGGAGGAGACGGUGACAAGUGAAGCAGCUCAAAGCCUUUUUGACAAGGCUGCUAUAAAGUUCCAAGAGGUGGCUGCUUUAGCUUUCUUUAAUUGGGGGAAUGUCCACAUGUGUGCAGCAAGGAAGCGAAUUCCAGUAGAUGACUCUGCUGCAAAGGAUUUGGUGGCAUCCCAACUUCAAGCAGCUUAUGACUGGGUAAAAGAAAAGUACUCUUUAGCGAAAGAGAAGUAUGAGGAAGCACUUAUAAUAAAAGUAGACUUUUAUGAAGGAUUAUUGGCCCUAGGGCAGCAGCAGUUUGAAAUGGCAAAACUCCACUGGUCAUAUGUUCUUGCUAAAAAAGAAGAUCUCUCCAAAUGGGACCCUACAGAAACAAUCGAACUGUUCGACAGUGCUGAGGAAAAAAUGAAAGCAGCUACAGAGAUGUGGGAAAAGAUGGAGGAACAGAGAGCCAUGGAGUUGAAGGAUCCUAGUUCAAGCAAGAGAGAAGAGUUGUUGAAAAGAAAGAAAAAACAGACAAGUUCUAAUGAAGGUGAGACCAGUCAAGUGGAGUUAUCAUCUGAAGAAGCAGCAGAACAAGUUGCUGUGAUGCGAUCACAGAUUCAUCUUUUUUGGGGCAACAUGCUUUUUGAGCGGUCUCAGGUUGAGUGCAAGUUGGGGUUGACAGGCUGGGAGAAGAAACUCGAUACUUCCAUUGAGCGAUUUAAGCUUGCUGGAGCUUCUGAGGUUGAUAUUUCAACAGUUUUGAAGAAUCACUGUUCUAAUGGUGGGGGAGCUGAAGUUAAUGAAGUGAAACUUAAAGUAACUGAUGAUGCUGCAAGUGAAGCAGAAAAUGAUAAGCCAAAUCAUAUUUCAGGGGAGUGAUUUAUUUGUUCAACUUGCAAACUGCUGCACUCGAAGAAUAAAAAAAGGAAUCUGUGGAUGAGGUUGAUGCUGAGGAUGAAUCCAACUCAAGUGAAACUAAAGCAGAGGUAGCAGAGCUUGAUUCGAAAAGUGAUGGUAUUCAUGAGAAACCUGAUAUGAAUGAUGUGCCAGAGAAAUAGAACAAGGUGAUUGCCUGAUUGCUAUUCUUCACUGUUUCCUCUGUUAUGUUGUUUCCGGUUUCACCACUAUGAAUCUUGCUCCUGUUCGCAACCAACUUUAUUUCUACUGCUGGGAAUCUUAUACGCUAAUCGUCGACAAUCAUAGGAACGUCAAGAUUUGAAUGGAAGCGCAUUGGAUUUAAGAUUUAACUAAUUUUGAAGUUUGUUCACAAAUUUUCCAAUCCAUUCCUUCCCGUUCCAUUAUGGGGUGACGUUCCGAACAUAUUUUGAAUUUGACAAUUUGUACUGUGCUUUAAUUUCAUUGGUGCAGCUGAUGUGCAAUUGAGAGAAGAAUGGUACUGUAUCUCUUUGGGUUUGUCAUCUUACCCUUUACUUGAUUACUUUUUUUUUACAAGUAUUAUGUGAAGGACUGAAGGUACCUCUCUUACAUGUCAUUUACCUCUUGUGGUUACCCCCCAAAACCAAAUAGAUCGGUCAUGCCACUAGGCAUUUUAUUAGGACAUUGCACAAUGACCUCGAACACUUUGUCCAGUCGUUUUUCUUCUGUUAUUUUGAAAGUAGCUGUUUCAGCUUCAAUCACUCGAAUUUUCGAAAAUGCUUUUAUUUCUCAGCAAAUGAAUGGCAUCUUCUACUGUUUCUUUUUUGGGUGUCACUAUUAACAAUGCAGUUCAUGUUCAUCCAACUUCUACUGUUUCUCUUUUGGGUGUUAAUAUCAGCAAUGCAGUUCAUCCAACGACGAACCGAAUCUGAAUCCUUUUAUAUCUCAGCAUCUUCUGCUGUUUAUCUUUUAGGGUGCCGAAAUCAGCAAUGCAGUUUAUCCAAGAUAAAUCAAAUCCAAAAUAUAAAGCUUCUCAAUAAAUACGUGCAAAAAGUAAGGAUCAUAUAAAAUUUUAUAGAGGGACGGUGGGAGAAUUACAUUCCUUUGUUUAGGGAAAAAGCCAUGUAUUAAUUUUCAAGAUUUUAACUGCAGAAAAAACACAUAGAAAAUCAUUACAUAAUCCAUGUAGAAUCUACCAAGCUUAAUUUUUCGAUUCCCUUGUUAAGCUUGAGUUUUGUCAAAUGCCAUACAUGCCUCGAUGGUCGACUCGUUGGCUUGAAUUUCGAUAUUUACAAAGAAACCACACAUUGCCAGCCUUUUUUUCACAACGAGGGAUACAUAAAAAUGUAAAUCAAAUCUGCGUAUACAAACCUUCAUCGAUCACAGAGCAAAAUCUCAGAAAAUAUCAAGAAUUUCAACGAUCUGACGGUUGCAAAGAGGACACGUCCCUCGAUUCAACCACAGCUCCCUCGAGCACACCCUACAAAAAGUAUGGCCACAUGGUAUAAACGCCGAUCCUUUCUUCCUUCCCAUGCACACGCAGCACACUGAAUCCGCACUCCCCGUGGACCCCACCACCCCUUUCUCUUCCACCUCCUCCCCAUCUCCGCCGUCCGUUUCUUCCAACAGUCUCAUCAACGACACCCUCAACGGCGUAUCCGGCACAUUAUCGGGUCGGGUCGGACUCAAACCCGACCCGUCUUCUCCCUCGUCACCCGCCCGGAAUUGCCGUUCGGCGGCCAACGCAUCCGCUAAAUUCAUCCCCGCCACGACCGGAGCUCCACUUUCACAACCCGGAUCCGGACUGACAACCGGGUCAACCCGACCCGAUUCUACAUCCUCAGCCUGCUGCUCUGUCUGAUUGUUUGUCAACGGUGGGCCCGAAUCAAAAUCAUAGGAACGAUCAUCGUCGUCCAUGACGCUUAUGUCCGAAUCUCGUACACCCCAAGUGGCCCCACAACAGCCCAUCCCUUUGAAUCCCAGCCGUUGAGCAAGUGACUUGCGUCUCUCCAAUCGAUCCACACCGUCCAUCCUCUCCUUCAAAAAUUCAAGAAUCGUUUUCCCUUCUUCUCUUCC